UUGGGGCGCCGAGGGCGGAGAUGGGGGUCCAAGAGGGCUGAGAGUGGGGAUCCGGGGAAGCUCAGAUGGGAGUCCGAGGAAGCUAAAAGUGUGGGGUUCUAGAAGACAGAGUCGGGGGAACCAAGGGGUUCAGGGAGGGAAGGUGUGAGAGGGGUCAGGCUCAGGGUCAAAGGUCCAAGGGGGCUGCAGGGAAGGGGCGCUCGGGAAGAGAAGUCUGAGGGGAGUCUAGAGUGGGGAGGAUACAAGGAGACUGAAAAUGGAUGUGUCUGAGGAAGCUUAGAUUGGGGGCACAAGCGUGCUCAGAAUGGGGCGUCUGAAAAGGCUUGAGGCGGGAGGAGGGUCUAUGAGGACCUCGAAUAUUGUUAGAGAGCCGGGCUCGGGAUUGCAGGUCUGAAGUUUUUAGGAUGAGGUCUCAAAUGAAGGUGUUUAAAGGGGGUCUGGGGUGCAGCCCUGGGGGAUACGUGUGGAGCUCUUAAGAAAGGCUCCCAGUGGAGUCUGAGGCUGUUCUCUGUAGAGGCUUGAGACGGCAGACGUGUGUAAUUUGAUGGGUAUUUGGUGGAUGGAGUCUGGGGGGAGUACUGUGGGUGCUCACUGUGUCUGGGCAGGGAGCCUAGGGGUGCACUGAGUGGCUUUUGAGAUGCUGAGGACGUCUAGGUUUUCGAAACCAAGUGAGUUUCACUAGAGGGCUGAGGUGAGGCCCUGGCCCAUGAUGAGACCAGAAAGCUGGAUCACAGCCUGCGGGUGGGAGGCUUGGUGAUUUCAGCAUGUUCUCCCCUCCCCACAGGAAUGACCGGGUACACGGACUUGAUGUCAAUGGAGGAUCAGGACGCCAGGGUUCCAGCUCUGGAACCAUUCAGGGUGGAGCAGGUUGUCAGCACCGGGGGUGCAGAGGGUGAAGGCACCACCUGUAAUCUACUAUGUCCCCGACUUCAUCUCCAAGGAAGAGGAGGAGUAUUUGCUUCGACAGGUCUUCAAUGCCCCAAAACCAAAGUGGACCCAGCUCUCCGGGAGGAAGUUACAGAACUGGGGUGGGCUCCCCCAUCCCCGGGGGAUGGUUCCUGAGCGGCUGCCACCGUGGCUCCAGCGUUACGUGGACAAAGUGUCUGACCUCAGCCUUUUUGGGGGUCUCCCAGCCAACCACGUCCUUGUGAACCAGUAUCUGCCUGGGGAGGGCAUCAUGCCCCACGAGGAUGGGCCACUGUACUACCCGACUGUCAGCACCAUCAGCUUGGGCUCCCACACCAUGCUGGACCUCUACGAGCCUCGGCAGCCAGAGGAUGAUGACCCUACAGAGCAGCCCCGGCCCCCGCCCCGGCCGGCCACCUCGCUGUUGCUUGAACCGCGCAGCCUGCUGGUGCUCCGUGGCGCCGCCUACACGCGCCUGCUCCACGGCAUCGCAGCCGCCAGCGUAGACGCGCUCGACGCCGCCUCCCUGCCGCGAAACGCAGCCGCUUGCCCCUCGGCGCAAGCUGGAGCCCGCUUGGUCCGCGGCACCCGCGUCUCGCUGACCAUCCGCCGCGUACCCCGCGUGCUGCGCGCUGGCCUCCUGCUCAGCAAGUGACGCCAGGACCCAGGACCCGCUCGGAUUCCCGAGCUCUCGCCUGCUCUGGACUGCUGGCUCCCUGUGGGCAGAGGCGGUUCCCCCCGGGUUAUUUUCCCAGUACCUGUGAGGGAACCACAGGAAAAGGCCCCAUUCCAAAUAAACCACCAACAAAACAAUCUUA